AUGAGAGCGACUCGGCCGCUAAACCCAGAAGACUAUCGCAUUUCAAUCAUUGCAGUAACUCUGAUGCUUGACAAUAGGCACCGUGGCCGAUUUCCCACAGCAAGAGGCUACGAGAAUCUGUACACACCAGGGGAGAUGGGCGGGCACAAUGUCAUUAUUGCCACGCUACCAGCAGGCGAGGACUUCAAGACGUUUUUCCCUAACCUCUGGUUCGGCCUCCUAGUUGGAGUUGCUGCUGGCAUGCCCAAACUCGGCGGUGAUCAGGAGAGGGAUAUCCGACUUGGCGAUGUGCUUGUGGCCCUACAAGACGGCAAAGUCUCAGGGCUAAUCAACCUGGAAUUGGGCAAAUGGACUGAAAACGGAUUUGUGCUCCGCCGCGGAGGCUGGAUGGAUACGACUCACAUGCUCGUCAGGUCGGCAAUUACCCAGAUCAAAGCAGGAGAUUUCUUUCAAGACCAGCCUUCGUUCCUGAAGCACUACCAGGAGAUGAUGGCCAAACUAGCCGCCCCGAGGCGUUCGACGAUCCGGGCCAAGAACGGCACUUGUUAUACAAAACUGACCGGUCCAUGGUGGAGAGAAAGUCUCGAAAACCUGGGAAGCGUACCCGCGUAUGGUAUGAGGGAUGAGCUGAGGGAUAAGCAUAAUCUUCUCGGUAUUGAGACAGCAGCAGCCGGUGUAGUACCCAAGAUCCCGGUUGGUGUCGUUCGUGGCGUUUGUGAUUACGCGGACGAAGAGACGAAAGAAGCCUGGCGGCCCUACGCAGCAGCAAUGGCAGCUGCCUAUGCCAAGGAGAUACUUCUUCAGAUAGGACCCCCGGAAAGACCCAAAAGAGUCGCGAACAGCAUUGCGGACCCGCAGAAUGUUGUCAAAUUAAAAGAAAUGUCGUUCGGCGAGGGAAAACGCCAUCUGGAGACGUCUCUCAGCGAGAACCACGAGCUACAAAAAGGUGACGUCGAUAAAACUCUCUCUUCUCUUAUGGAGAAACUCGAGCAUCUCCCUCUCGCGAUGGCCCAGGCGCAGGAGCCAGGGGGCCAUAUUGACAACUUGGUGUGCGUCGUUUGCUGCAACUCGCAAUACAAGUGCCGCCGCUGCCCAGCUGCUCUCUUUUCUACGGUGGACAAGUCCAAAGGAGAUACCUACCUCUAUUCUCCCUCUUGA